CUCCUGAUGCUCAUGGACAGCCCCCUGAAUAGGGCUGGUCUCCUGCAGGUUUAUAUCCAUACCCAGAAGAAUGUUCUAAUUGAAGUCAAUCCCCAAACCAGAAUCCCAAGAACUUUUGAUCGAUUCUGUGGUCUUAUGGUUCAGCUGCUGCAUAAGCUCAGUGUUCGAGCGGCUGAUGGGCCUCAGAAGUUGUUGAAGGUGAUUAAAAACCCAGUCAGUGAUCAUCUCCCUGUGGGCUGUAUGAAGAUAGGUACCUCUUUUGCAGUUCCAAAGGUGUCAGAUCUGCGUCAACUGGUUCCUGCAGCGGAGCCAGUUGCCAUUGUUGUGGGAGCUUUUGCCCACGGUUCGGUCAGUGUUGACUAUACAGAAAAGAUGGUCUCCAUCAGCAACUACCCCCUCUCUGCUGCCCUGACAUGUGCUAAAAUUACUACUGCCUUUGAGGAAGUUUGGGGAGUAGUAUGAGCUGCUGCUGCUACUGUCAUGGUGGACUCCUAGACAGUGACUCCACAUCUGGAGAGGCUCUUUUGCUGAGGUGUGGACCUGGUGCAACUUUGAAAUUUCCUUCCAGGAGCCCAUCCUUCAUCCUUAUAACUUCUGGAGCAAAGAGACUUUAAAAGGACUGCCCCACCAACCUUUUUUUCCUCCUAUUAAAGGUUGCUUU